UGCUGAGGGAGAGCGGGCGCCCAGGCAGCUCGUACCCCGGCCCCGGCCAGACCGCAGGCGGCCAGCUCCCCCGGGGAAGGGGGACCAUGGGGGAGCCGGCAGCAGGCGCCCCCAGCCUGCCGCGCGCCUCUGCCUGAGGGAGCCUCGGCGUCCUCUGCCCUAGCCCUGCCGCCCCGGCCGGCCGCCCGCCCUUGAAGCCCGGUGUCCUCCGGGUCUGCGGCCGCGGCCGCUGCGCCCCGCGCCCUCCGCCUACAGGGCGCCGAGCAGCCCUCGGCCCCAGGCUUCGCCGGCCCCCGGCUGCCCGCGGACGCCCUCCCCCAGUCAUGAACCCCCCGGAGGGGGCAGCGGAGGAAGGAGGAGCCGCCGACUCGGACGUGGACGCUUUUUUCCGGACAGGGUCUUUUCGGAAUGAUGGUUUGAAAGCUUCUGAUGUCCUUCCCAUCCUAAAGGAAAAAGUGGCCUUCGUGUCUGGGGGCCGUGAUAAGCGAGGUGGACCAAUCCUGACCUUCCCUGCUCGCAGCAAUCAUGACAGAAUAAGACAGGAAGACCUGCGGAAACUCGUGACCUAUCUGGCCAGCGUGCCAAGUGAGGACGUGUGCAAACGUGGCUUCACCGUCAUCAUCGACAUGCGGGGCUCCAAGUGGGACCUUAUUAAGCCCCUCCUCAAGACGCUGCAGGAAGCCUUUCCAGCCGAGAUCCAUGUGGCCCUCAUCAUCAAACCCGACAAUUUCUGGCAGAAACAGAAGACCAACUUUGGCAGCUCCAAAUUCAUCUUCGAGACGAGCAUGGUGUCCGUGGAGGGCCUCACGAAGCUGGUGGACCCCUCCCAGCUGACAGAGGAGUUUGACGGCUCCCUGGACUAUAACCAUGAGGAGUGGAUCGAGCUGCGGCUCUCCCUGGAGGAGUUCUUCAACAGUGCCGUGCAUCUGCUCUCGCGCCUCGAGGACCUGCAGGAGAUGCUGGCCCGGAAGGAGUUCCCCGUGGACGUGGAGGGCUCACGGCGGCUCAUCGAUGAGCACACACAGCUCAAGAAGAAGGUGCUCAAGGCCCCUGUGGAGGAGCUGGACCGGGAGGGGCAGCGGCUGCUGCAGUGCAUCCGCUGCAGCGACGGCUUCUCAGGGCGCAACUGCAUCCCGGGCAGCGCCGACUUCCAGAGCCUGGUGCCCAAGAUCACCAGCCUCCUGGACAAGCUGCACUCCACCCGGCAGCACCUGCACCAGAUGUGGCACGUGCGCAAGCUCAAACUGGACCAGUGCUUCCAGCUGCGGCUCUUCGAGCAAGAUGCUGAAAAGAUGUUCGACUGGAUAAGCCACAACAAGGAGUUAUUCCUCCAGAGCCAUACAGAGAUUGGAGUCAGCUACCAGCACGCCCUGGACCUCCAGACGCAGCACAAUCACUUCGCCAUGAACUCCAUGAACGCCUAUGUCAACAUCAACCGCAUCAUGUCCGUGGCUUCCCGCCUCUCAGAGGCCGGCCACUACGCCUCACAGCAAAUCAAGCAGAUCUCCACGCAGCUAGACCAGGAGUGGAAGAGCUUUGCGGCCGCUCUGGAUGAGCGCAGCACCAUCCUCGCCAUGUCUGCUGUGUUCCAUCAGAAGGCUGAGCAGUUCCUGUCAGGAGUGGACGCCUGGUGCAAGAUGUGCAGCGAAGGUGGCCUGCCGUCUGAGAUGCAGGACCUGGAGCUGGCGAUUCACCACCACCAGUCCUUGUAUGAGCAGGUGACCCAGGCCUACACAGAGGUCAGCCAGGAUGGCAAAGCGCUGCUGGAUGUGCUGCAGCGUCCCCUGAGUCCUGGGAACUCCGAGUCCCUCACGGCCACAGCCAACUACUCCAAGGCAGUGCACCAGGUGCUGGACGUGGUGCAUGAGGUGCUGCAUCACCAGCGGCGGCUCGAGAGCAUCUGGCAGCACCGCAAGGUGCGGCUGCACCAGCGGCUGCAGCUCUGCGUCUUCCAGCAGGACGUCCAGCAGGUGUUAGAUUGGAUUGAAAACCACGGCGAGGCCUUUCUCAGCAAGCACACAGGGGUCGGGAAGUCUUUGCAUCGAGCCCGGGCCCUGCAGAAGAGGCACGAUGACUUUGAAGAGGUGGCUCAGAAUACUUACACCAAUGCAGACAAGCUCCUAGAAGCUGCAGAGCAGCUGGCUCAGACAGGGGAAUGUGACCCAGAGGAGAUCUACAAGGCAGCUCGGCAUCUGGAGGUGCGCAUCCAAGACUUCGUGCGUAGGGUGGAGCAGCGGAAGCUUCUGCUGGACAUGUCCGUCUCCUUCCACACUCACACCAAAGAGCUGUGGACAUGGAUGGAAGACCUUCAGAAGGAGAUGCUGGAGGAUGUCUGUGCAGACUCUGUGGAUGCGGUCCAGGAACUGAUCAAGCAGUUCCAGCAGCAGCAGACCGCUACUCUGGAUGCCACACUCAACGUCAUCAAGGAGGGCGAAGACCUUAUCCAGCAGCUCAGGUCAGCGCCUCCCUCCCUGGGGGAGCCCAACGAGGCCAGGGACUCGGCCGUGUCCAGCAACAAGACGCCCCACAGUAGCUCCAUCAGCCACAUCGAGUCGGUGCUGCAGCAGCUUGACGAUGCCCAGGUGCAGAUGGAGGAGCUGUUCCAUGAGCGAAAGAUCAAGCUGGACAUCUUCCUGCAGCUGCGCAUCUUUGAGCAGUACACCAUUGAGGUGACGGCAGAGCUAGAUGCCUGGAAUGAGGACUUGCUUCGGCAGAUGAAUGACUUCAACACGGAGGAUCUGACGCUGGCGGAGCAGCGGCUGCAGCGCCACACGGAGCGGAAGCUAGCCAUGAACAACAUGACCUUCGAGGUCAUCCAGCAGGGCCAGGAUCUGCACCAGUACAUCAUGGAGGUCCAGGCCUCAGGAAUUGAGUUAAUCUGUGAAAAAGACAUUGAUCUGGCAGCCCAGGUACAAGAGCUGUUGGAGUUUCUCCAGGAGAAGCAGCAUGAGUUGGAGCUCAACGCGGAGCAGACCCACGAGCGGCUCGAGCAGUGUCUCCAACUGCGGCACCUCCAGGCAGAGGUCAGACAGGUCCUGGGAUGGAUCCGCAAUGGGGAGUCGAUGCUCAAUGCCAGCCUGGUCAACGCCAGCUCUUUGUCGGAAGCAGAGCAGCUGCAGCGGGAACACGAGCAGUUCCAACUGGCCAUCGAGUCCCUCUUUCAUGCCACUUCCUUGCAGAAGACACACCAGAGUGCCCUGCAGGUACAGCAGAAAGCUGAGGCGCUGCUCCAGGCUGGCCACUACGAUGCGGACGCCAUCCGGGAAUGUGCCGAGAAGGUGGCCCUCCACUGGCAGCAGCUUAUGCUGAAAAUGGAAGACCGGCUGAAACUGGUCAAUGCCUCAGUGGCCUUUUACAAAACUUCUGAGCAGGUCUGUAGCGUCCUGGAGAGCUUAGAGCAAGAAUACCGGAGAGAUGAGGACUGGUGUGGCGGACGAGAUAAAUUGGGGCCAGCAGCAGAGAUUGACCACGUCAUUCCACUCAUCAGUAAACAUUUGGAACAAAAGGAGGCCUUUCUUAAGGCCUGCACCCUGGCACGGCGGAACGCUGAGGUCUUUCUCAAGUACAUCCACAGGAACAAUGUCAGCAUGCCCAGUGCCGCCAGCCACACCCGAGGACCCGAGCAGCAAGUGAAAGCCAUCCUGAGUGAGCUCUUACAGAGGGAGAACCGUGUCCUGCACUUCUGGACCUUGAAGAAGCGGCGGUUAGACCAGUGCCAGCAAUACGUGGUGUUUGAGCGAAGCGCCAAGCAGGCGCUAGACUGGAUCCAAGAAACAGGUGAAUAUUACCUCUCAACACAUACCUCCACGGGGGAGACUUCAGAGGAGACUCAGGAGCUGCUGAAGGAAUAUGGGGAGUUCAGGGUGCCUGCCAAGCAAACAAAGGAGAAGGUGAAACUCCUGAUUCAGCUGGCCGAUAGCUUUGUGGAAAAAGGCCACAUUCAUGCCACAGAGAUCAGGAAAUGGGUGACCACGGUGGACAAGCAUUACAGAGACUUCUCCUUGAGGAUGGGAAAGUACCGGUACUCUCUGGAGAAAGCCCUUGGAGUCAACACAGAGGAUAACAAGGACCUGGAGCUGGAUAUCAUCCCAGCAAGCCUUUCAGAUCGUGAGGUCAAGCUCCGGGAUGCCAACCAUGAGGUCAAUGAAGAGAAGCGGAAAUCAGCCCGGAAGAAAGAAUUCAUUAUGGCGGAACUGCUUCAGACAGAGAAGGCUUAUGUGAGGGACUUACACGAGUGCUUAGAGACCUACCUGUGGGAAAUGACCAGUGGUGUGGAGGAGAUCCCCCCUGGGAUCCUUAAUAAGGAGCAUAUCAUCUUUGGCAACAUCCAGGAGAUCUACGAUUUUCAUAACAACAUCUUCCUCAAAGAGCUGGAGAAGUAUGAGCAACUGCCUGAGGAUGUGGGACACUGCUUUGUUACCUGGGCAGACAAAUUUCAGAUGUACGUCACCUACUGUAAAAACAAGCCUGAUUCCAACCAGCUGAUCCUGGAGCAUGCAGGCACCUUCUUUGAUGAGAUACAGCAGCGGCACGGUCUGGCCAACUCCAUCUCUUCCUACCUAAUUAAGCCCGUCCAGAGGAUCACUAAGUACCAGCUGCUCCUGAAGGAACUUUUAACUUGCUGUGAAGAAGGGAAAGGGGAACUCAAGGACGGCCUGGAGGUGAUGCUCAGUGUCCCAAAGAAAGCCAAUGACGCCAUGCACGUCAGCAUGCUGGAAGGGUUCGACGAGAACCUGGACGUGCAGGGGGAGCUGAUUCUGCAGGAUGCCUUUCAAGUGUGGGACCCCAAGUCGCUGAUCCGGAAGGGGCGUGAGCGACACCUGUUCCUCUUUGAGAUCUCCUUGGUUUUCAGCAAGGAGAUCAAAGACUCUUCAGGACACACAAAAUAUGUUUACAAGAACAAGCUACUGACCUCAGAGCUGGGUGUGACGGAGCACGUAGAGGGUGAUCCCUGCAAAUUCGCCUUGUGGUCUGGGCGCACCCCAUCCUCAGACAAUAAAACAGUGCUGAAAGCCUCCAACAUAGAAACCAAGCAGGAAUGGAUCAAGAACAUACGCGAGGUGAUUCAAGAGAGGAUCAUUCACCUGAAAGGAGCUUUAAAGGAGCCAAUUCAGCUCCCCAAAACACCAGCCAAACAGAGGAACAAUAGUAAGAGGGAUGGAGUGGAGGAUGUUGACAGCCAGGGGGAUGGGAGCAGCCAGCCAGACACCAUCUCCAUUGCCUCUAGGACCUCUCAGAACACAGUGGACAGUGACAAGCUCUCUGGCGGCUGUGAGUUGACCGUGGUCCUCCAGGAUUUCAACGCAGGCCAAAGCAGCGAGCUGAGCAUCCAGGUGGGACAGACAGUGGAACUGCUGGAGCGGCCGAGCGAACGGCCGGGCUGGUGUCUGGUCCGCACCACAGAACGGAGUCCCCCACAGGAGGGCCUGGUCCCCAGCAGCGCCCUGUGCAUCUCCCACUCCCGAAGCAGCGUGGAGAUGGACUGCUUCUUCCCCUUGGUGAAAGAUGCGUACUCUCAUUCAAGUGAAAACGGAGGCAAGUCUGAGUCGGUGGCCAACCUGCAGGCCCAGCCCUCCCUGAACUCCAUCCACAGUUCCCCUGGGCCCAAGCGCUCCACCAACACCCUGAAGAAGUGGCUCACGAGUCCCGUGCGGCGGCUCAACAGCGGGAAGGCAGACGGAAACAUCAAGAAGCAGAAGAAAGUACGAGAUGGUCGGAAGAGCUUCGACCUGGGAUCUCCCAAGCCUGGGGAUGAGACGACCCCUCAGGGAGACAGCGCUGACGAGAAGAGCAAGAAAGGUUGGGGUGAAGAUGAGCCAGAUGAAGAGUCACACACACCCCUCCCUCCACCUAUGAAGAUCUUUGACAACGACCCCACGCAGGACGAGAUGAGUCUGGAAGGAGGCUCGUACCGGGGGAGCUUGAAAGACCCCACAGGCUGCCUGAAUGAGGGCAUGACCCCACCCACACCUCCUAGAAACCUGGAGGAAGAACAGAAAGCCAAGGCCCUGAGAGGCAGGAUGUUUGUCCUGAAUGAACUGGUACAGACAGAGAAAGACUAUGUCAAGGAUCUGGGGAUUGUGGUAGAGGGCUUCAUGAAGCGAAUAGAAGAAAAGGGUGUCCCUGAGGACAUGCGAGGAAAGGAUAAAAUCGUGUUUGGAAAUAUUCACCAGAUUUAUGAUUGGCAUAAGGAUAUUUUCCUGGGUGAACUGGAAAAAUGUGUCCAGGAGCAAGACAGACUGGCACAGCUCUUUAUUAAAUAUGAGCGGAAGCUGCACAUCUACGUGUGGUACUGCCAGAAUAAGCCGCGCUCCGAGUACAUCGUCGCUGAGUACGACGCCUACUUUGAAGAGGUGAAACAGGAGAUAAAUCAAAGGCUGACACUUAGCGACUUCCUUAUCAAGCCCAUUCAGAGAAUAACAAAAUAUCAGCUGCUUCUCAAGGACUUCCUGAGAUACAGCGAGAAGGCUGGUUUGGAGUGUUCUGAUAUCGAGAAAGCAGUGGAGUUAAUGUGCCUUGUUCCAAAACGCUGCAACGACAUGAUGAAUCUGGGGCGCCUGCAGGGCUUUGAGGGCACCCUGACUGCUCAGGGCAAGCUGCUGCAGCAGGAUACAUUCUACGUGAUUGAGCUGGAUGCCGGCAUGCAGUCGCGGACCAAGGAGAGGCGUGUGUUCCUCUUUGAGCAAAUUGUCAUCUUCAGUGAACUGCUCAGGAAGGGAUCCCUCACCCCAGGCUACAUGUUCAAAAGGAGCAUCAAGAUGAAUUACUUGGUCCUGGAGGAGAAUGUGGACAGUGACCCCUGCAAGUUUGCACUCAUGAACAGGGAGACUUCGGAGAGGGUCAUCCUGCAAGCCGCCAACGCUGAUAUCCAGCAGGCCUGGGUGCAGGACAUCAAUCAAGUCUUAGAAACACAGCGAGACUUCUUAAAUGCCCUACAGUCACCCAUUGAAUAUCAGCGGAAAGAAAGGAACACAGCUGUGAUGAGGUCCCAGCCUGCUAGGGUUCCCCAAGCCAGCCCCAGGCCUUACUCUUCCAUCCCCGUGGGCUCCGAGAAGCCCCCAAAGGGCUCCAGCUGUAACCCGCCUCUGCCACCCCUGAAGAUAUCUACCUCCAACGGCAGUUCAGGGUUUGACUACCACCAGGCUGGGGACAAGUUUGAGGCCACCAAGAGCGACCUGGGAGGCUGCAAUGGGGUCUCAUCCAUGGCCGUGAUCAAAGAUUACUAUGCACUGAAGGAGAAUGAAAUCUGUGUGAGCCAAGGUGAGGUGGUCCAGGUCCUUGCCAUCAACCAGCAGAACAUGUGCCUGGUGUACCAGCCCGCCAGUGACCACUCCCCCGCCGCCGAGGGCUGGGUCCCAGGCAACAUCCUGGCACCCCUCACCAAAGCCACAGCAGCCGCAGAAAAUAGUGACGGGAGCAUCAAGAAGUCAUGUUCAUGGCAUACUCUACGCAUGAGAAAGCGGGCGGAAGUGGAGAACACGGGUAAAAAUGAAGCCACAGGGUCUCGUAAACCCAAGGAUAUUCUGGGCAACAAAGUCUCUGUUAAAGAGACGAACAGUUCCGAGGAGUCAGAGUGUGAUGAUCUUGAUCCUAAUACUAGCAUGGAGAUCUUAAAUCCAAAUUUCAUCCAAGAAGUGGCGCCAGAAUUCCUUGUGCCCUUAGUGGAUGUGACCUGCUUGCUUGGGGACACAGUGACACUGCAGUGCAAAGUCUGUGGGCGGCCAAAGCCCACCAUCACCUGGAAGGGUCCAGACCAGAACAUCCUUGACACUGACAACAGCUCAGCUACGUACACGGUCUCCUCCUGUGAUUCCGGGGAAAUCACCCUGAAAAUCUGCAAUCUGAUGCCCCAAGACAGUGGUAUUUAUACCUGCAUAGCAGCAAAUGACCACGGCACCACAUCAACGUCUGCUACCGUUAAAGUGCAAGGUGUUCCAGCGGCCCCUAACCGCCCCAUUGCCCAGGAGAGAAGCUGCACCUCCGUGAUUCUCCGCUGGCUGCCCCCAUCCAGCACGGGAAACUGCACUAUUUCUGGUUACACCGUGGAGUACAGAGAGGAAGGUUCCCAGGCCUGGCAGCAGUCGGUAGCUUCGACCUUGGACACUUACCUUGUCAUUGAGGACCUCAGUCCUGGGAGUCCUUAUCAGUUCAGAGUCAGUGCCAGUAACCCCUGGGGGAUCAGCCUUCCCAGCGAGCCCUCAGAGUUCGUGCGACUUCCAGAAUACGAUGCUGCUGCUGAUGGUGCCACCAUUUCUUGGAAGGAAAAUUUUGAUUCCGCUUAUAUGGAGCUGAAUGAAAUUGGAAGAGGCCGGUUCUCCAUAGUAAAGAAGUGCAUUCACAAAGCUACUCGCAAAGAUGUCGCUGUGAAAUUUGUUAGCAAAAAAAUGAAGAAAAAAGAGCAGGCUGCCCACGAGGCUGCCCUACUUCAACACCUGCAGCAUCCCCAAUACAUCACUCUCCAUGACACCUAUGAGUCCCCCACUUCCUACAUCCUGAUUUUGGAACUGAUGGAUGACGGCCGACUCUUAGACUAUCUUAUGAAUCAUGAUGAGCUGAUGGAAGAAAAAGUAGCUUUCUACAUACGAGAUAUCAUGGAAGCCCUGCAGUACCUUCACAACUGCAGGGUUGCACAUUUGGACAUAAAGCCUGAAAACCUGCUCAUUGACCUUCGGAUUCCAGUGCCUCGAGUGAAGCUCAUUGACUUAGAGGAUGCUGUCCAGAUCUCAGGUCACUUCCACAUCCACCACCUGCUUGGGAACCCUGAGUUUGCUGCCCCAGAAGUGAUCCAAGGCAUCCCUGUGUCCCUGGGCACUGAUAUCUGGAGCAUCGGGGUUUUGACAUAUGUCAUGCUGAGCGGGGUCUCCCCCUUCUUGGAUGAGAGCAAGGAGGAGACAUGUAUCAAUGUAUGCAGGGUGGAUUUCAGCUUCCCCCAUGAGUACUUCUGUGGCGUGAGCAAUGCUGCCAGAGAUUUCAUCAAUGUGAUCCUACAGGAAGACUUUCGGAGGCGGCCCACGGCAGCCACCUGCCUGCAGCAUCCAUGGCUGCAGCCCCACAAUGGCAGCUACUCCAAAAUCCCCCUGGACACCUCCCGCCUGGCAUGCUUCAUAGAGCGCCGCAAGCACCAGAAUGAUGUUCGGCCUAUUCCCAACGUCAAGAGCUACAUUGUCAACCGGGUAAACCAAGGGACGUAGCCAUCUCCCAGCCCUCGAGGUUUCACAUGGAAGUGCAGUGUGAACCAAAGCAAGACUGAAUGUGUCUGUAAAUAAUUCUGUUCAUUAUUUCACUCCACGCGGUUUUCUGGAUUGAGAGAUGUACCUCUUAAACUUCCUCGGUGGUUUUUCAGGGUCUGAGCAGCAGUAAAAUCACCCUAAAUCCAGGGACUUUUCAGAAGGUCAUCCAGAAGAGAUACAGAUGCAAAGAGUCAUGGAAAGUAUUCAAAAGAGAGGCAAAGAUAAGAAGAAUAGCAGCUCUUAUGAAAUUUUAAUUGCGUGUUCCAAAAUGAGUGGUUAACUGGGCAAAACUUCCGCUCACUGAAUAUGUCUUAUGGCAGAAGCAAAGAGUGAGAUGCCCUCCAAAGCAACCGCGAUGCUCUUCUCAAGCUUUAUGCUCUAGAAAAAUUGACAGAGAAGAGCCCAAACAGCCACUUUCCUCACUGGGAGGGCAGAAGUGAAAAUAAAAUAUUUUCUGAUAUCACAACUCAUUUCUUCAGAUUCUCACAGGUAUCUAUAAUGAGGCAAAUAAAACUUACAGGUGUAGAAAUGAAUUGGACUGUUAGUUUUGGGAGGGAAAAUCUUGGAUUUUUUUCAAGAUAAUUAGGUGUUUCAGGAGUAGCAUAUUUGCUUUUCCAUAGUCUCCAUGAUUUAGUGCCUGUGAGUUAGUCAUUACUUUUUUCUUGCCCUGUGGAAGAGCAUGGAAAUUUAGAUUUGUGAGAAUAUGAAGGAGCAAAUAUGUUAUAAACUAGAUGGUGGUUAUUUCUGUGUAUUAACUAAAACUUUGUCCCAUGAAUUUGAUAGAAGAGGAAAUAUUUCAAACAUAAGGGGUCUCUGUAAUAGGGCAAAAGUGCAAACUCACUACUGCCUUGUUCAGUUUUGAGGAAUGUGGGCCUUAUUUAUUUCUCUCCUGUGUAGCAUCUCUGUGGAGUCUGAGUUAGGCAAACAUAGUAUGUGUGCUUUCAGUGUAUUUAUUUACAUUACAGUUUUUCUUAACUAUUUAAAAUCUAGGGAUCAUUUGGAAAUGAAUGAUUAAACCCAUGUCGGAGUUAGGAAAGAUAAGGUUUACCAAUUCUCCACUAAGAAAAGGGGAGCUACCACAUUAAUAUCCAUUUUCUAAAAACUAUAAGCCUCUUAGUUGUUUCAUUAAUUCUAGAGGAUUAAAAACGGCUGAAAUUUGUCCAUAGCAUUAGACGUCUUUAAUAGAGAAUAUUAUGCAUGUGAGAAAUCUGUACAAAAAUAGUAGAACACAGAAAUAUCACAGGCCAUAUUUUCUAUGAAAGACAUUUCUUCCUCAUUUGCAGUACAUGUAGAAGUUAGAGGAGAGGAAAAAACAAUUUCUCUAGGACAAAUUUUCAUCUUUAAGGGACAUUUAUGGAAAGACUGAAAUUAAUACUCAUGGGCUAUUGUGUUUCCUGUCAGUCUAUUUACUGGGAGAUUCUAAAAUGUGGUCAGAUUUAGUUUUUAUUCAAAUGAUCAAGAUUAACUGUUUAUUCGGAUAAAUGUUAUUUCAGAUAGUGAGGAUGGGUGAGAAAAUGGAGAAUGGAGGGUGGUAGAAAAGAGUGCAAAUAACAAUUCUCAGAGUCCCAAUCCUGAGGCUUCAUUUAAGCAAGCAAAUUUGCUAGCCCAGGAAUAGCUAGUAUAAUAGUUCCAUCAAUGCCUGAUUUCCAUCAAGAAAUGAAGCCACAUCCUGGAGUGUUAUGGGGACUGUUACUGUGAUCUCAAAGACUGUGGUUAUGAUUUUGAAGUUAACAAAACAUACAUCUUCUCUUACUAACUUAAGCCAUAUCUGUCAUCUCUGUGUUUGAUUUUUUUGACCCUGGUGCUUUUACUUCUGUUUCUGCCAAACUUUGGCCUACUCUGUGGGGAAGGUGAGUAAAACUAGUAGUUAGGACAAAUGUGAAGACUGUGAAAAAACUAAACCUGUUCUUCAGAAUGAGAUCCUAGUCAGAGAACAGUAGUGAUCAAAGUGCAAACUGUUGGAAAAUAUGGAUAUAUGUACAUCUGUACAUGUAUAUAGUGUAUAAUAUAUAUGUAUAUGUUAUUGCUCAUAUGCAGAAAUCUAUCCAGUUGAAGACAGCCCAGGUGUGUCAAUUUUUCUAGUAGAAAACCAUCUAGGGCCAUUCAAAACCAUUAGGGCUGAUAGGUAGAGUUAGAUUCUACUCACUGGGGAAUUAUUUGCUGUCUUUUGAAGUCUACAAAGCCAAAUGAACAAAGCUUGAAACAUAGUGGGACCAUCAUAUAGGUUAUUCCUUUUACCUAGAGUCAGAGGAUCUUUAUAUUUGAAUAUUUAACAGUUGGUUUGCAAACUUCACUGGCACCUCUUGGUUUUGAGUGACCCCUCCCCACCAAGUCUUUUGAGAGUUUGGGGUGGGCUUCUCUGGCCAUUCAGAUAAAGGGCCUUAUCCAUAAGUGGACAGGUUUCCCCAUAGGGACCAUUAUGCAUAUACAUAUAAGUACGUACUUCCAUCAGGCUUGUAACAAUUGAUUUAAAAUCACUCCACAGUAUUGAUAAAUAGCUCUAUAUUUUCAAGGUGCAGAAGAAUUCCACAGCCUUAAUUAUUUCGGUGUCUUGCUGGUCUGCCUUAAGUGUAUCUUCUGGGUUUUUGGUUGUCUCAUUAUUUUUAAAUUUUUCUGCAGUUGUUCAUUUUGUAUGCACACAAUGUCGUUUUGUAAAGGUAGGUUGUAAAUAUUUUAUUUGUAAGUCAAAAUCACUCAUGUGUGAUGUUGU